AUGCCUGUCGUCACUCCAGAUAAGCUGGCAAGUCUGCAAAGACAGUCCAGCGAUAUUCGAAAUAUUUGCAUUUUGGCCCACGUUGACCAUGGCAAAACUUCACUUACGGAUGCCCUCCUUGCCACAAAUGGCAUCAUCUCACCAAAGCUGGCGGGCAAGAUCCGAUAUCUUGACUCUAGACCUGAUGAACAGGUCCGAGGAAUCACAAUGGAGUCAUCAGCCAUCUCACUCUACUUCGCCAUGCGUCGGAAAGCAGCCCCCGAUGCUGAGCCCGAGGACAAGGAGUACCUCGUCAACCUGAUCGAUUCACCUGGUCAUAUCGAUUUCAGCUCAGAAGUCUCAACAGCCUCAAGGUUGUGUGACGGAGCUGUUGUUCUUGUUGAUGCUGUCGAGGGAGUCUGCAGUCAAACAGUCACUGUUCUUCGUCAAACAUGGACAGAGGAACUAAAGCCCCUGCUCGUCAUUAACAAGAUCGAUCGACUUGUGACAGAACUCAAAAUGACACCAGGAGAAGCAUACAUCCACUUGAAUAAGUUAUUAGAACAGGUAAACGCUGUGCUAGGAAGUUUCUUUCAGGGCGAGCGUAUGGAGGAGGACCUCAACUGGAGGGAAAGAAUGGAAGAGCGAGUCAAUGCAGCCACAGCAGCCAAGGAAUCAGCAAUUGCCGAUCAAGUCAGCGAUACCGGCGAGGUACAAUUCGAGGAGAGAGACGACGAAGAUAUCUACUUUGCUCCCGAGAAGAACAACGUUAUUUUCAGCAGCGCCAUCGAUGGAUGGGCUUUCACUUGCCGACAAUUCGCUGCCAUGUACGAGAAGAAGCUGGGCAUUAAGCGAGGAAUCAUGGAAAAGGUUCUAUGGGGCAACUUCUACCUGGAUCCCAAGACGAAGAAGAUCUUGGGCCCCAAGCACCUUAAGGGAAGAAAUCUGAAGCCAUUAUUUGUGCAAUUGGUAUUGGAGCCAGUAUGGACUGUCUACCAGGCGACAGUGGGAGGUGACAACGGGCAGGGUGAUCGAGAUCUGCUGGAAAAGGUCACCAAGUCCCUCGGAAUCAAGAUCACCCCUCACAUGCUCAAGUCGCGAGACCAGAAGCUUCUUAUGACGACAAUUUUCGCAAACUGGCUUCCCUUAUCAACAGCACUACUGGUGUCCGUCGUUGAAUCUUUGCCUUCGCCCCCGGCCGCUCAGGCUGCACGACUUCCCGAGCUGAUCGAAGAAUCCCCAGGAUCUGAGCACAUCGACCAGACUAUCAAGGACGCCAUGAUCUCUUUCAAACAUGAAAAGUCUGACCCCGUGGUUGCCUAUGUCAGUAAAAUGGUUUCUAUUCCUGAGAGUGAGCUUCCCGAAAACAAGCGACGGGCUGGAACCCAAAUGAGUGGCGAAGAGGCUCGAGAGCUUGCACGCAAGAAGCGAGCUGAGGCCGCUCGAGCCCAGGCUGCGGCUGGUGAGAACGGUGUAGACAGUAUGGCGGACUCGAUGGAUGCUAUCAACCUUGAUGAUUACGCCCCUGAGUUGGAAGAGAAGAAGGUUGAUCCUGAGCACCUUAUCGGCUUCGCUCGUAUUUAUUCGGGGACUCUUUCAGUCGGCGACAAGCUCUACGUUAUUCCUCCAAAAUGGUCACCUGCUGAGCCAAACGCCGCCCCUGAACCUCAAGAAGUCACAGUUACUGCGCUCUACAUGCUCAUGGGACGAAACCUCGAGGCUCUCGAUUCAGUUCCUGCCGGCUGUGUCUUUGGCAUUGGUGGUCUGGAGGGCAAAAUUCUCAAAUCUGGCACCUUGUGCAGUCGCCGUGACGGCGCUGUCAACCUCGCGGGUGUCACAAUGCUAGGCAAACCUAUCGUUCGUGUUGCACUGGAACCUGCGAACCCCGCCGAUCUUGACAAGAUGAUCCAUGGCCUCAAGCUUCUCGUUCAGAGCGACCCUUGUGCUGAGUAUGAGCUUCUAGACAGCGGUGAACAUGUGUUGUUGACUGCAGGUGAGCUGCAUCUUGAGCGAUGCUUGACUGAUCUCAAGGAGCGAUUUGCUCUGUGCGAUAUUCAACCGGGUGCUCCUAUUGUUCCCUACCGAGAGACAAUUGUCCGAGCUGAAGAGAUGCGACCUCCUGCAAACAAGGAACUCGGUCGUGGUGCGGUUGUAGCUGCAACAAGCUCAAAGCAACUGACUCUUUCGCUCCGUGUGCAGCCAAUCCCCGAAAACGUAACGGACUUUUUAGUCAAGAAUGGCGAUGCUGUUAAGCGAGUCUACGACCGCGGGGCCAAGAAGGACGACGAGGGCCAAGAAAUCGUGGCUGAAGUCGAUGUUGCAGCUGGAAACACCCUGUCCGUGGAAGAAUUCAAGAUGCAACUUAAGGAGAAGCUUGAAAGUGGAAAGGGCAGAGAUAUCUGGAAGGACUCUAUUGAUAAGAUUGUGGCUUUCGGACCUCGACGUACUGGACCAAACCUCCUUGUCGAUGCUACUGCAGAUGGUAUCUUCUCCAAGGCUUUUGCUACUGAAAAGACUGUCGAGACUGCACCUCGGGCUGAUGAGUCUCUUCACCCUAGCCAUCUGACCGACAAGAUCUCAUACGCCUUCCAACUUGCUACGGCUCAGGGUCCUCUGUGCAGCGAGCCACUUCAGGGCGUUGCAGUCUUUAUCGAGGAUGUCACCCUGAACCUCGCCGAAGACGACUCCUCUGCACGCGACAAACUUGGCCGUCUUACUGGUGAGAUCAUCAGAACCUUCCAAUCUUCUCUUCGCGUAGGUUUCAUGGACUGGUCUCCCCGUCUCAUGCUUGCCAUGUACAGUGUCGAGAUUCAAGCAUCUACAGAAGUCCUCGGCCGUGUAUACGAUGUUCUUACCCGUCGUCGCGGCCGUGUCAACGCCGAACUCAUGAAAGAGGGUACACCAUUCUUCACAAUUCAAGCACUGGUUCCUGUAGCCGAGAGUUUCGGUUUUGCCGACGAGAUGCGUAAGCGUACCAGUGGUGCGGCCCAGCCACAGCUGAUCUUUGCUGGCUUUGAGAUUUUGGAUGAGGAUCCUUUCUGGGUACCUUUCACAGAAGAUGAUCUCGAGGAUCUUGGUGAGUUGGCUGACAAGGAGAACGUGGCGAAGCGAUAUAUGGAUGGAGUGAGGAGAAAGAAGGGAUUGCUUGUCGAAGGAAGAAAUGUUGCCACAGACGCAGAGAAGCAAAAGACACUAAAGAGGUAG